GCUCUGAGAAGGAGGAACUGCCCGGGUUGUUUCCUCGCGUCCAGAGGGGUUAUAAAAUAAACGGGCUCCAGCAGUCAUUGUACUUCGCCGUGGGUGGGGAUAUCAUUAAGACCGAAAGAAGUAAGAAACGACGGACCCGUCCAAAAGACGCGAAGAAGAUAUCCUGCCUCUCUCCAACUUUUACCCACCCAGCGAUUUCCUCGCCCAAUUAUGUCUGAGCAAGGCAAUUUGGAGUCAGACUGCUGCAUUGACUUCUCAAAGUUCGACAAUCGCUUCCAGUCUUUCCGGGGAUCCACCCUGGCUCUGCAGGUCCCGCCUACACGGCUGGCGAGGGCGGGCUUUUACUUCACUGGCAAUGCAGACCGAGUCCAGUGUUUCAGCUGCAAUCAAACGGUGGAGGACUGGCAUAGUGGAGACACGCCUUUGCAAAGGCAUAAGGAGGUUUCUCCAUCAUGCCGGUUCCUCGAGUGCUGCCACCCAAACACCAUGAAGCCGAAUUAUAUAUCCCCUGUCAUCUACGACGAAGUUGUAGAAGAUAUGCAGUACCGACUGUCCACUGGUGAAGUGGUUGACGAGACCCUCUACCCACGGAUACCUCACAUGAAGAGUGAACAGGCCCGCCUUGACACCUUUUCUUCUUGGCCCUCCAAUUCGCCCGUAAGACCCAGUGACCUGGCUCAAGCCGGCUUCUACUACUUGGGACAGGACGACCGGGUGGAGUGUUUCUGCUGCGGCAACAAGCUGAACAGCUGGGAAAACGGAGACCGCCCUUGGGAAGAACACGCCAAGCACUAUCCCAACUGCUUUUUCAUCCUCGGCCACGACGUGGGGAACGUCCCGCUGCUGGACAACGCAGAUGAGCCGAUUUUGGAAGAUGCAAUCGUGAACCAGGGGAAAAAUAUGGAGACUUUCAAUGGGAGGCUCAGUAGCUUCGCUCAUGUUCGGCAUCCCGUCGACCACGAGAGGCUCGCGAGAGCUGGUUUCUACAGUACAGGGGAAGAAGACAAGGUGUUAUGUUUCUGCUGUGGUGGAGGCCUAAGAGGCUGGCAGCCCGAUGAAGACCCCUGGGUAGAACAUGCUAAGGAGUACCCUGGCUGCAGCUUCCUGCUGGAAGAAAAGGGAGUUGCAUUUGUCAACAACAUUCAACUAAAAAAACAUGAACAAAGUAGUGCUGCUACAAGUCAUGAGAAUGGAUUUUCAGCCAAUGAAAAAGAUGAGGACCCGAUGGAGAAACUCAUGAAGCUGCAGAGAGAAAAACAGUGCAAAAUCUGCAUGGACAGAGAUAUUUGCAUCGUCUUCAUCCCGUGCGGUCAUCUGGUCAGUUGCAAGCAGUGCUCGGUGUCGCUCGUCAAGUGUCCGAUCUGCUGCGGAGCCAUCACACAAAAAAUCAAAACCUAUGUCGCUUAAGGGAAAAUAGAAGCUGCUGUCUAUCAUGGAUGCUGCUUUAUGUUCGAAAUGUAAUAAUUUAAAGCAGGUGUGGUAGUUAAGUUAUUCUCGGAGGGAAUUUCUAGGUUUUCACAAAGAUUAGCAGCAUAUACACAACAGAUUAAGAGGUGGUUAUUACUUUAUUUCUUUUUUACUGACUGUUUCACUACUGACAUGUGUUUGCAUUUAUUUUUUUUUUUCCACUCACAAGGAAACUAUGCUUCAGCACCAUGUUGGCCUAAAAAAGUGUGUGUGUAUGUAUAAUAAAUUAAUGUACUAGUUUGAUAAUUCAUGUAUAUUAGAUACCCUGUAAUAUGCUUACUGUUGUAAAUGCAUUUUAAUUAUAAAUAUAUAUUUUAAGGAACCAAUAUUUUCACAAUAGCUGUAUAUUGUAUGUAUAGCAUAUUGUUAUUGUGUCUUUGUUUUAAUUGGUGUAACAUGCAUGUAAAUAGACUUUUUGGGCAAACAUGGUUUUCUUCCUUUCUCUAGUUUUGUGUGAUGACUCUAAUUUUGCUUUAUCCUAAGUUAAGUGGCUGAGAGGUUUCAUUCACUGUUAUUUCUCUCACAUCGCAUAAGCUAAUACACAGGCUGAGAUGGGAUUUUAUCAUAAUGUCUUUAUGUUGGAAGAUGUCUAUUUUGCAUCUUUUCUGUAAAUUAACUAAAUAAAUCUUGAAUAAUUUGA